AUGAGUAGUGAGAGAUAUGUGGAUGGUGACCUCGGUGAGCCUUUUAACAGUGCAGAGCCGCUUACGUUACCAGUUGUUGUUCAACUCCUUCGCGGCCGGCGGGACACGUCACUCGAUCAUCCCGCCUCACGUCUUAUUGAAAAGACAUGCAGGCAAGUGGAACUCAUGCAGGAAACAUGUGCAGAUGAGUGCCGGGUGCAACGAGUAAUGGAGACGAGGUUGCGACUAGUUAACAAAAAUAAUCGCCAGCAAAUGAAUGCCCACCUGGGGAAUUUUGUAGUGGGAGAGGAUGGAUUUGCCACUCUUCCACCGGAAUCAGAUGAUUUCCUCGACACAGCGGAGGAGGAGGCUAUGAAAAUGUUUGAGGUGGUAGCACUUGGCACGCUUCAGCCAAAGACGGCGGACGAAGCUCGUGAGUUAAUCCCUUCACUGGGAAGGUUUGAACCGGCGGAUUUAAAUAAGGUUUUAGAAAUGCUCGACUCUUUAUGA